CUAAUCACCAUCUUUCCCAAAAUAAAAGAAACUCGGAUAACAUUAAACAAGAAUCAACCUUUAUCAUUUUCACUUUAUAUAUUUAUCUUCUCUUCACUCCCCUAACCACAGCAUCUUUCUACUCGUGUCCUCAAACCUCAUCAUCGUCAUCACUGUCUUUCAGAGGAGCCGCUGUUGAUGACCCCGAGAUGACGCUGUACGUGGGCCAGACGGCUGUACUGCGCUGCGAAACCUCAGGCAUCAACCCCAGCGACGUCAGGUGGAGCCGCAUCAAUGGCCGCCUCCCGCCCAACGCCCUGGCCAGAGAGAACACACUUAGGCUGCCACUGAUCCAGGUGGAGGACAGCGGGGUUUAUCAAUGCGACGCCGUGCUGCCAUCGGGAAGGAGCUCGUACGACGUUAUCACCCUCAUCGUCAGGAGCCCCCAGACAAGCAACAUUCAAGUCCGCUCCAUUCCAUCCGACAUACGGAGGGGCGAGGAUGUAGAGCUGGUCUGCGAGGUGGAGAACGAGCCUGCCGCUGCCAUCUCGUGGAGGCGAAUGGACGGCGAGCUUCCACUAGGCGCCCAGACCUACGGGAACAGACUGAGGAUCCCGAAUGCCCAAACUCCAUGAAUAGAAAGUCGCGUGCAGCGGGGCCGCGGGAGGGGUGGAGGCAUGCAGUUAGCAAGUUCAGAAGAGCAGUCAGCAUGGAAAUAUCAAUAGAAGAUAGAAAGAGAGGCAACAUGACGGCGGAAAUUAAGAGGUAGAAGACUAUCAGUAAG